AUGAGCGAAUCGGACACGAAUCUCGCAUCAAUGCGUUCGCGCGCCGAGGCUUUACUCGCUCGAUAUGGUGGCCAAAAUGGACCAACAGGACAUGCGGCCGUUGAUGGGUCAGGCGAGCCACAGUCUCUAAGUUCGUUUAUUGGCGGCAAGGCCAAGGCGCCGCGACUGGGCAAGCUUACGGGUGAUGGCCGCACGUCAUCGUAUCACGAGUCCGAUGCAGUUCCGUACAAGGAACUCCCUGGUUUGGCCCAGCCCGGAUCGAUGGCCAGCUUUAUGGAGCAGCGCGAGCGCGCCAUGUUCCCUGAAGUAGCCGAGGCCAAGGACAAAGCUCGGGCCGUGCAGUCGGACGCCUCAAUGGAAACGACGUUCCCUAAGCGCAGCACUUCUGGGAAGCAAAUCGUUGUGCUUAUCUCUGGAUCAGGCAGUAAUUUUCAGGCGAUCCUUGAUGCCACAUGUGGGGAUGCGCCAGCCAUCCCAAACGCACAGAUUGUUCGCGUCAUUUCAAAUCGCAUGAAAGCCUAUGGUCUACAGCGUGCUAAAAAUGUCGACCCACCUAUCCCCACAAGUGUACACAGCCUAAAGACAUACCAAACUCGCAACCCGGGAAAGACGCGCGACGACUAUGAUCUUGUACUGGCCGACCGUGUGCUGGGGGACGAGGGUCACGUUCCAGACCUGGUGGUCCUCGCCGGGUUCAUGCAUAUUGUUUCCGAAACGUUCCUGAGUGCUAUGGGACAUGCCACAUCACUCGCUGCACCUCCUGCCUUUGCGAAGCGUCCCCAUGAACCCGUGCCUAUUAUAAACCUGCACCCAGCCCUGCCUGGCGCUUUCGACGGUGCGAAUGCCAUUGAGCGUGCUUAUGAAGCCUUUCAGGCUGGUGAGAUUGAACAUACAGGCGUCAUGGUCCACGAAGUAGUGGCUGAAGUGGACCGCGGUGCGCCUAUCCUUGUUCGUCGCGUGCCGAUCUACAAGGGCGAGUCCCUCGAUGCCCUCGAAACGCGCAUGCACAGCGUCGAGCAUGAACUUAUCGUCGAGGCUGCUGCCAAGGUUUUGUCGGGCGAGCACACUAUUACAGCUCCUUGCACACCCACUAGCUUCUUGCGACUGGCUCAUGGAUCUUGGGAUGCGGUGCCUCGACCCCUCGUGCUGCACGACACUGACGUGCUGUGGGUGAAUGGGCCGUCUCCUUUCGUGUGGCUUGGUCGCGCUGCCCCAGCGACAUGGAAAGGCCAACUGACCGACGAAAUGCGUUCGCAGCACGCGCGCAUGGAGUAUCAGGGCCGUGAAUCGACAGACUUUUUCAAUGCCAUUGGCAAGAUAUUGGUCACUAUGCACAGCACAAGUACUCCCCAGCGCCUGUUUCUUGUUCGCCUGGACCAAGAUGCGCUUUGCAUUGACGAAGUGGCCUUUGAGGCUCGGUCUCUUUGUUCCGCUUAUACGGCGGUUGCACUAAACCCACAGGGUAUAUGGAUUUGGCACGGCAUAGGCAGUGAUGACGCACAGCGGCGGCACGCCGAAGAAUGGUCUCGCUCACUUGGUCCAACGUACAAGCUGGUCGACACAAGCGAACUUUUGUCUUUAUUCAAGGACAAAGAGUUUGCGGACGGAUGGCACCAUCGCCGUAGACCGAGUCUGCCCGUGGCCUUGCGGUCAGCUCAGCUGUACUCGCCCGCGUCUGUGGAAGUGCCUAGCAGGUUUCACUUGGCUGAUAUCAAGACAACCACAGUGUCCCUGGUUGAUGCAUACUUGGAAAUGUAUGUGAUCAUCGGUGCUUAUGCGCGAGGCGAUAAAGAUGCGAUCGAGGCAGCGCUGUCCCGUGCCGAGCGUAUGGCUGCCCGUGAGGAUCCCUCACAAAUGACGCCGCCAAUCCACGUCAUCGUCCUCCCAAGCAUUGUCCCCCUCGACCUUCUUUCUCUCGCCCGUGAUACAUGGAAUGCAGACGUCUUCACGGAAGGCAUGGAGACCGGCGAUGACACAUCGCCUCUGCUCAUGAAUCUGCAUGCCCUGUCCGAAGCACAAAGACAGUUGGCACAGGCACCCCAGACCUCCACGCAUCCGACCAAUCAAAAUUUCUUGCCUGUGGGUGCUCCGUCGUGCAGGUAA